AUGUCAAAAGAGGGGGACAAAGCAUCUGUGUUCCGUAGCACCAAAGUGCGGACCAAGCUGAAGGGAGACGCCAGCUGGUUGCAGCGCAGUAAUGAAACUCAGGCUGAAACUGAGGAGGAGGUGAAGCCAUGGGUAGCAGAAGUAAGGGCCGGCCGUUUGAACGGAGCCCCCAUUGAGACCAGUCCAGUGUUGUCACCAGUGGAAUCCACUCCUCCACCCACCACAUCUGACACUGAAAGAACACCAACAUCAGGAUUCCUGAUCAGAGGCGUUUUCGUCAAACUAGACAAGCCUGUUUCAUCCUCAACAUCUAAUGGCUUAAGUGGAACAACACCAUUCACCAAAAAACCUUCAGAGAACUACAAGAAAAUAGCCCCAUACACUGUGAGGACUGCUUCAGAGGUCCAGGAGGGCCAUCUUAGCCACGAAGAGCAGGAGAAACGGGUGGAGAUUACUGAUGAUGAUGAGAGUGCUACGACUCCAGCACCUGCCAGCACUCCUCCCCCCUCCCCUGUCGUCCCCGUCACAUCUGUCGCCUCCGCCCCUGAGCCCAUACCACAGAAAAUAGCCGACACCAGUGUUAAGGCAGCUGUUGAUGUCGCUGUUCAACAGCCUGUGGUACCGAAGAUGGAGGAGGCUGCCCCCAAGCCUGUGAAUGAAGACCCUUCUCCAGUCCUCCACCGCCCCGGCUUCAACUGUCCCAGCCUCCCCUGCAUCGGCUACAACUGUCAAAGCAUCUCCUGCCCCGGCUUCAACUGUCCCAACAUCCACCACCCCGGCUUCAACUGUCCCAACAUCCACCACCCCGGCUUCAACUGUCCCAGUAUCCACUGUCCCAGCUUCAACUGUCAAAGCAUCCACCGCCCCGGCUUCAACUGUCCCAGCAUCUCCUGCCCCGGCUUCCACUGUCAAAGCAUCUCCUGCCCCGGCUUCAACUGUCAAAGCAUCCCCUACUCUAGCAUCACCUGCCCCGGCUUCAACUGUCCCAGUAUCCACUGUCCCAGCUUCCACUGUCAAAGCAUCACCUGCCCCGGCUUCAACUGUCCCAGUAUCCACUGUCCCAGCUUCAACUUUCAAAGCAUCCACCGCCCCGGCCUCAACUGUCCCAGCAUCCACCGCCCCGGCUUCAACUGUCCCAGCAUCCACCGCCCCAGCUUCAACUGUCCCAGUAUCCACUGUCCCAGCAUCUACUGUCCCGGCUUCAACUCUCAAAACAUCCACUGCCCCGGCUUCAACUGUCCCAGCAUCGACUGUCCCGGCUUCAACUGUCCCAAGAUCCACUGCCCCGGCUUCAACUGUCCCAGCAUCCACUGCCCCGGCUUCAACUGUCCCAGCAUCUUCUGCCCCGGCUUCAACUGUCCCAGCAGCUACUGCCCUGGCUUCAAUUGUCAAAGCAUCCCCUACUCCAGUACCCCUGCCCCGACUUCAACUGUCAAAGCAUCCACUGUCCCGGCUUCAACUGUCCCAGCAUCCACUGCCCCGGCUUCAACUGUCCCAGCAUCUUCUGCCCCGGCUUCAACUGUCCCAGCAUCUUCUGCCCCGGCUUCAACUGUCCCAGCAUCCACUGCCCCGGCUUCAACUGUCCCAGCAUCUUCUGCCCCGGCUUCAACUGUCCCAGCAUCCACUGCCCCGGCUUCAACUGUCCCAGCAUCCACUGCCCCGGCUUCAACUGUCCCAGCAUCUUCUGCCCCGGCUUCAACUGUCCCAGCAGCUACUGCCCUGGCUUCAAUUGUCAAAGCAUCCCCUACUCCAGUACCCCCUGCCCCGACUUCAACUGUCAAAGCAUCCACUGUCCCGGCUUCAACUGUCCCAGCAUCCACUGCCCCGGCUUCAACUGUCCCAGCAUCUUCUGCCCCGGCUUCAACUGUCCCAGCAUCUUCUGCCCCGGCUUCAACUGUCCCAGCAUCCACUGCCCCGGCUUCAACUGUCCCAGCAUCUUCUGCCCCGGCUUCAACUGUCCCAGCAUCCACUGCCCCGGCUUCAACUGUCCCAGCAUCCACUGCCCCGGCUUCAACUGUCCCAGCAUCUUCUGCCCCGGCUUCAACUGUCCCAGCAGCUACUGCCCUGGCUUCAAUUGUCAAAGCAUCCCCUACUCCAGUACCCCCUGCCCCGACUUCAACUGUCAAAGCAUCCACUGUCCCGGCUUCAGCUGUAAAAGCAUCCCCUGCCCCAGCUUCAACUGUCCCAGCAUCCACUGCCCCAGCUUCAACUGUCCCAGCAUCCACUGCUCCGGCUUCAACAGUCCCAGCACCCACUUCCUCAGCUUCAACAGUCCCAGCACCCACUGCCCCGGCUUCAACUGUCAAAGCACCCACUACCCCGGCUUCAAAAGUCCCAGCACCCACUUCCUCAGCUUCAACAGUCCCAGCACCCACUGCCCCAGCUUCAACUGUCCCAGCACCCACUGCCCCAGCUUCAACUGUCCCAGCACCCACCGCCCCGGCUUCAACUGUCAAAGCACCCACUGCCCCAGCUUCAACAGUCCCAGCACCCACUGCCCCAGCUUCAACUGUCCCAGCAUCCACUGCUCCGGCUUCAACAGUCCCAGCACCCACCGCCCCGGCUUCAACUGUCAAAGCAUCCACUGCCCCAGCUUCAAAAGUCCCAGCACCCACUGCCCCAGCUUCAACUGUCCCAGCAUCCACUGCCCCAGCUUCAACUGUCCCAGCAUCCACUGCCCCAGCUUCAACUGUCAAAGCAUCCACUGUCCCAGCAUCCACCACCCCAGCUUCAACAGUCCCAGCACCCACUGCCCCGGCUUCAACUGUCAAAGCAUCCACUGUCCCAGCUUCAGCUGUCCCAGCAUCCACCACCCCGGCUUCAACUGUCCCAGCAUCCACUGCCCCAGCUUCAGCUGUCAAAGUAUCCAGUACUCCAGCUUCAUCUGUCCCAGCUUCAGCUGUCCCAGCAUCCACCACCCCGGCUUCAACUGUCCCAGCAUCCACUGCCCCAGCUUCAGCUGUCAAAGUAUCCAGUACUCCAGCUUCAUCUGUCCCAGCUUCAGCUGUCCCAGCAUCCACCACCCCGGCUUCAACUGUCCCAGCAUCCACUGCCCCAGCUUCAGCUGUCAAAGUAUCCAGUACUCCGGCUUCAUCUGUCCCAGCUUCAGCUGUCCCAGCAUCCACCACCCCGGCUUCAACUGUCCCAGCACCCACUGCCCCAGCUUCAGCUGUCAAAGUAUCCAGUACUCCAGCUUCAUCUGUCCCAGCAUCCACUGCCCCAGCUUCAACUGUCCCAGCACCCACUGCCCCAGCUUCAACAGUCCCAGCACCCACUGCCCCAGCUUCAACAGUCCCAGCAUCCACUGCCCCGGCUUCAACUGUCAAAGCAUCCACUGUCCCAGCUUCAGCUGUCCCAGCAUCCACUGCCCCAGCUUUGACUGUCUCAACAUCCACUGUCCCGGCUUCAACUGUCAAAGCAUCCACUGCCCCUGCUUCAAAUGUCCCAGCAUCUACUGCCCCGGCCAAACCACCACUGGAACCGUCUCCAAAGCAAAGUUCCAGUGUUGAUACACUCACCGCCUUGUCCGACACCCUCAUUUCUUUCAGCACAAGUUCAACCAGACCCGAGGAGUCAGCAAAGCCUGUUCCCCCGGCCCAGGACGCUGGAGUCAGGAUUUGCUUAGCGGACUACACACAGCGAGAGGAAAGGAAACAGACAGAAGAGACAGCCAAGAAAACACAAAGCUCGGCUGAUCCGUUUGAUCCAUAUCCGAUAGGGACCACAUCCCCUAACAGCUCCUCUGACCUGCUCAAGCCCCUCUCAGAUAUUUCCAUCAACAGUAUGAGCAGUAAUGCGUUGGACUCCCUUGCAGACAACGUCAUCCCUAUCAACACUGACAGGACAAGCCUCAGCACUCAGAGGUCAUGGGCACGCACAUGGGAAACCAGCACACCUCAGCAGACUAACACAGAAGAGAGCCAAGAACCCGAAGCAGGAGGCCAAGCUGAAGAUGAAAAGACGCUGGUCAUGUUUGAGAGAAAAUCAACUGAGAAUGACUCCCCAUGGGACAGGUGGACAUCCCCCACUCUCUAUACUAUCAGUACAACUACAGGAGAGGAAGAGGAGGAAGAGGAAGAAGAGGAAAGCCCCGAGGAUACGCAGACCCAGAUAGUCACAACCGUCACCACUAUCAGGGAGAUACACAGUGAGCCAGAGCCCGCUAUGGAUCGUUAUGAAACCUAUUCCAGGAGCGUGACAGAAGAUGUCCAAACACCAGAACCUGAUACUAAAAAAGGGUUUGUGUUUGUGAAGGAGUAUGUCAAUGCAACAGAGCUGUCCUUGUAUAAUGCCAGAGACACAAUCAAUAGUGGGUCAGAUUAUUUGACAUCAAGCUCUGCCAGUUACUCUUACAGCAGCCCCUCCACUUACACCAGUGGCUCUCUGUCAUCCGCCUGUACAUACUGUGGAAAGCCAGUAGGCAGUGAUGCCAAGAUCUCCAUCCAGCACCUCAAUAUCAACUGCCACCCUGCCUGCUUCAAGUGUGACAUGUGUAGUAAGCCAAUGGGAGACCUUCUCUACAGUAUGUUCCUACAUAGUGGAAAAGUCCACUGCGAGAGCUGCUACUCCAAAGCCUUGGACUGAUUAUCGAAGCUCUUCAGCAGCCUCUUAUCCUCGUCCCCUUCCCUUCACGUUCAUUUGCAUAUAAAGUGAGAACUGGUCUUUCGCAAAGUUUGAACUCCGGAGUGUGUUUAGGGUCAUCAAAGAGGCAGUUAUAGUGACCAAUAUCAUUGCUUAAUGUUGAUUCUUACAUAAGGUUAAAUUUCUAAUUUCUCAAAUAUGUUGUACAAGCUUGUGUUGUUUUUUUCCUGGUGGUGAAAGCUGUAUCUGCUUGAAAUAGUAAAUUAUGAAGGAUAUGUCUGUAAUAUAUAUAUAUAUAUGUAUGAACAGACUAAUACAGGCAAGUGGGGUUUUGGCAAGAAUAAUUAUGCAAAAAAAUUACUAUGUUAGAAAAUGUUUACUUAUUUUGCUCUUCUUGAUACAAAAGAGUGUUCACAUGUGAUGUUUUGUUAAGAAAAUAAAAAGAUUUAUAUGA